GGCGGCGGCGCGGACGGCGGGAGGGGGUCGCGGGGGGGCAGAGUGAGAGGUGGUAGCGUAGCGGGCAGAGGGAGGUUUUUUUUUCAUUUCCCUUCAUAGCGAGGGUUUGUAAACCGUGGCCACAGAGUGUCCCCCGUGGGCCGGCGCACUUUUUUUUCUUGUCCCGGUGCGCUGGGGCUGCCCGGUGCGUGAGAGGAAACAGUGGAGGCGGCAGGGCAGGUCACCCGGGGCGUCGGCGAUUAGACUGCGGCCGAGCCGGCGCGCGCCGGGAGAGGCCGAGAGGGCGGCGGCGGGCGGGGGCUGGGCGAGGCCCCGCGACCCGCGAGGGAGGCGGCGCGAGGCCCAGGCGGCGGCGCGAGCACCGGGCAUGAGCGCCCAGUAGGCGAGCGCCCGGGCAGCCGGGCCGCAGAGGCGACGCGCGCGGCGUGCGGGCGGGCGGCGGCAACGACGUGGCCCGGCGGCCCCAGCGGCGCGAGCGGCCGCCCCAGAGGCCCCCGCGGCAGUGCGGCCGAGCUCGGGCGCGCUCCCUGCUGCUCCGCGGCCGCCGUCGCCCCGAUGAGUUCGUACUUCGUGAACCCGCUGUACUCCAAGUACAAGGCGGCGGCCGCAGCGGCGGCGGCGGCGGCGGCGGCGGCGGGCGAGGCCAUCAAUCCCACUUACUACGACUGUCACUUCGCGCCCGAGGCCGGCGGCCGCCACGCCGCCGCCCUGCAGCUCUAUGGCAACAGUGCCGCCGGCUUCCCGCACGCGCCCCCGCAGGCGCACGCGCACCCGCACCCGUCCCCACCGCCCGUGGGGCACGGGGGCGGCCCGGGCCCGGGGCCCGGCCAGGACUACUUCCACCCCGGCGGGGGCAGCCCGGCCGCUGCCUACCAGGCCGCCCCACCUCCUCCGCAUCCUCCGCCUCCCCCCUGCGGCGGGAUUGCCUGUCACGGGGAGCCCGCGAAGUUUUACGGAUACGAUAACUUACAGAGACAGCCGAUUUUUACGACCCAGCAAGAGGCCGAGCUGGUACAAUAUCCUGACUGUAAAUCGUCCAGUGGUAAUAUUGGCGAGGACCCAGACCACUUAAAUCAGAGCGCGUCUCCUUCUCAAAUGUUUCCCUGGAUGAGACCACAAGCUCCUGGUAGACGAAGAGGAAGACAAACCUACAGUCGCUUCCAAACCCUAGAGCUGGAAAAGGAAUUCCUGUUUAACCCUUAUCUGACCAGGAAGAGAAGAAUUGAGGUUUCCCAUGCUCUAGCCCUCACGGAGAGACAGGUAAAAAUCUGGUUCCAGAACAGGAGAAUGAAAUGGAAAAAGGAGAACAACAAGGACAAAUUUCCCGUUUCCCGGCAGGAGGUGAAGGACGGGGAAACCAAAAAGGAAGUUCAAGAGCUGGAGGAAGACAGCGCUGAAGGCCUUGCAAAUUAACUUUUACCUUUAAAAUUUUACCACACACAAUUAAAACUAAUGAUCUACAUAUGCUGGUGGACACCUUUUUUUUUUUUUUUUUUGCAAAGGACCUUACCUGUGUUUCAAGCUACCUUAUGUCACUGCUCUUGAGGUUUCUAGGAUUUGAGAGGGAUUUGGGUGUUUAAAAAAAGUUUCUAGGAUGGCACAGAAGCAGUCCUUGUGCUAUCCUAUGAUAGGGUAAUUUGAUAUUGACCUUGUAGCUAUAUUUUUAUAAUGGUAGUUUUUAAUGUCUGAGCUGGUGAUUUGCCUCAACAACAUAAACUUCCUAAUGAUUAGCACUAAAUAGUUGAAUAUAAAAUGCUUUAUUAAUCAAACAAGUGCACUUGAACAGUUUAAAUCUUUUCUUUAUGGUGAGUAAAUUAAAAGAAAUUAUUAAUUUUUUAAAAAAAUUAUGCCUGCAGAAUAUUUACUUUAUAUUAUUUGAUUAAAAUGUAUUAUUUAUGGUUUUUCUUUUACCUUUUAUAAUGAAUGGUUUGGGUGUCUUUUGUUUACUCCUAAAAGGUUGCUUUGAGCAUUUUGCAAAUGUAAUAUGUCAGGGAAAUGUCUGGGCCAAAUAUUCAAAAAGCACAUGUUAGCUGAAGAGUGUAACUUAUAGUUCAGGCUCUGCAGCUUCCUUAAACUGCAAGUGUUGGGCCAGUCACAAGUUUCAGGACAAUGUCAAAGCUGACAUUUAAUCAUUGUAGUCCAUACAAAUUAUGGCAAUUAAAUAAUCAAGAGUGAAUAAUACUUGAAAAGCCAAUUACAAGAUUUUCAGUUCUUACUUUAGCAAAUUGUCUUGCUUUCAUUUUGAAUCUCACUUGUAAUUGCCUGGAAAUCGCUAGGUUUCUGUGCCAAGGUCGUCAUGAUUUUUUUUUGAGUAGGUGCCAUAUUUAUUUGUAUUACUUCACUCUUCGCUUGCUCUGUUCGCAUGUUCCUUUUAAGCCAACUUGCUGUGUGCGUUUCAGAUGUCGGUUGGUACGUCCUCUGCUCUUCUUCAGGAAAGAUAUGGCCUCAUGUAUUUGAAACAAGCCCUGAGAGCAAACGCAGAAAUCUCUGAGUGUAAACAGCUGCUCCAGAACAUAGCUUGCUCUUCAAUAAAGAAAUGAAUGUCUUUCUAGA